GCAUUGCUGCGCUGCGUUGCGUCGGCUGUUGCUGUCGCUGCAGUCAGUUCGUCGUAGGUGACACUGAAAGACAGCUGCAUUCUUUUCUCCUGGUCUUGUACACGACUCGAGCCUUCGCCGCGUUUAGCUUCUCUUUGUGAACUUUUGAUGCCUGGAUUUUCUGCCGACGUCUCCCUCACUCUACUGGUCACGUGGUCAGUCGUAGGAGCUCUCGUUGAUGACGAUCCUGGAAGAAGAAAAGCAGAUCCGCUUGCAGGUGUGGAGUGGGCGUCAGUGAGCUCCCUUGGGACCAGCGGUUAUCUUCCCACUUUGCCUGUCUCCGAAUCUCGGUCAGGGGCGAUUGAUGUAUGUCGGCGCUGGCAGAUGACUUGACAUCUAGACGAUUUGCUGAUUGAUUCGUAUUCAAUGGGCCUCGCGACACCGCGGACAGCCAGGUUGAAGGCGUGAGUUUAGGGACGGACGUUUGGAGGCGUGUCCAUCUGUGACGCUGACACGCACGUGCGUCAGACGCGCGCUUGUGAGGAGAGCGAACGGUGGUGGGGGAGACGAUGAGUGGCGCCGUGAAGAUCCGCGUCAAGAUCGACCAGACCAUGCGUAACGGCAAGCUCGUGCACCUGCUGACCGCCAAACAGGAACCGUUCGAUGACGUCAUGGAGGUCGCCGCGCCCUGUCGGCCGGCCGUCGCGGUCAGCGCGCGGCAAAACGCCGCAUCCACGCAGACAUCAGUCGCAGAGCUGCUUCGCGCCGGCUCUAGCAUCACCAGAAACUUCCUCUCGGAGGUCGUGACUGCCAGGACCGGCGGCGGCCAUUCCAAGAGCGGGGCCCUGUUCACUUCCGGUGCGAGCUCCGGCAAGCCAGCAGAGACGGGCGCGAUUCGUCGACGACACCUGCGUGCUGGAUGGCGACAAAUGCUUCGACUGGAACUCGGACAGCGAGGCGCCAUGGCUGCUGGAGGUGCCCCCCUUGGAGCGAGCCUGCGAUCCCAUCCUCAUGAGCGUGUGUUCCGAUGAGGACGCGGAGGAGCGCAGUCGCGAGGAAGAGGCUGCCGUCAUCGCUGCGGCCGCUGCAGCAGACGAUGGUGUGGAUGCAGACAAAGAGGAGACGGUUGGCCGGGGGAAGAGGCUCGGCGGUGGCAGCAGAAGCAGCAACCGGAGGCGACGCCCGAGGGGGGAGGCGUGCGUCAGUUCCGUGGGGGAUUUCGCCUUCGACAUGGUGGCCGCGGAUAUGGAGCUCAUUGGCAGCGUGCUGUCAGCCGGCUGUGACGUCAGAGAUGAGGAGGGCAACAGCACCGAUUCAGACUGCGGUGGCGGGGAAAAUGAGGCAUUAGUAAAUGCAGAAUCACCAGACGUUGGUAUUCAGGCUUACUCUACCACAUCACCAUCUAGCAACAUAUCAUCACCUUCCUCAGGCAGUUCAGCAGCAGCAGUCGCACUCAGUCAGUUUUGUGCCAUCUGCGGAGAUCGUGCCACAGGCAAGCACUAUGGAGCUGCCAGCUGUGAUGGGUGUAAAGGCUUCUUUAGACGAAGUGUUCGCAAAAAUCAUGUCUACACAUGUCGCUUCAGCCGUAACUGUGUUGUGGACAAGGACAAACGGAACCAGUGUCGCUACUGCCGCCUUAGAAAAUGUUUCAGAGCUGGGAUGAAGAAAGAAGCUGUGCAGAAUGAAAGGGACAGAAUCAGUGUCCGGAGGACAAGCUAUGAGCAAGACCUGAACCAGUCAGGAUCAUUGUCAGUCAGCACGUUACUGAAUGCUGAAAUGCUAUCAAGACAGAUAGCCCCACAGCUGUCUUUGGCAGACAUUUCUUCAAAAAAACUUGCAUCACUGGAUGAUGUGUGUGAGUCCAUGAAACAUCAGCUGUUGAUACUGGUAGAGUGGGCAAAGUACAUUCCAUGUUUCUGUGAGCUUCCAUUAGAUGACCAGGUUGCAUUGCUCCGAGCACAUGCAGGAGAACACCUUCUGCUGGGGGUAGCUAAACGUUCUCUUUCUCUGAAUGAUGUGCUGCUACUUGGCAAUAACUCACUAAUCACACGCCACUCAACAGAUGCAGAUAUUGGCAGGAUUUCAGCAAGGAUUCUGGAUGAACUGGUUCAGCCUCUUCGAGAAGUCAACAUUGAUGAGACAGAAUAUGCAUGCAUGAAGGCCAUUGUAUUCUUUGACCCAGUGGCAAGAGGGCUGAGUGAUCCUCAGCGAAUCAAAUCCAUCCGUUAUCAGGUCCAGGUGAACCUUGAAGACUACAUCAAUGACAGACAAUAUGACACACGUGGUCGUUUUGGCGAGAUACUGCUAAUGCUGCCAUCGCUGCAGUCCAUCACAUGGCAGAUGAUUGAGCAGAUUCAAUUUGCCAAACUGUUUGGGAUGGCCAAGAUUGACAAUUUGUUGCAAGAGAUGCUUUUAGGAGGUGCCAAUGCUGAUGCAGUCCAGGACACCUCAGGGAGCUCCUUAGCGCUCCCCCCUCUAAUGGACACGCCAUCUUUUCCUGCUUCAAUGGAGGAAGGUUCCUCCUUAAACAAGGAUGCCAUGAGAGAGAUUCCACAACUAGUUCCCUCCCCUCCAGUAACCCCACUGACACGUGCCAGUCCAGGCAUGUCUGAUGCCGCUGGCUCUGUCUCACCACACCAUAUGGGCAUCGUACUUGGAGGCACGUCUUCUCAGACUGUGUCUCCCUCUGCUCAUCUGUCCGCCUCUAGUCUUGCUCAGUUGCCUCCCUUGGAUCAUGGGUCCGAACACAUGUACAAUGGCUUCCAGCGGGGUCAUAUGAACUCCCCACCUCUCUCCUUAAUGGUUGGACCACCCACUUCAAAUUCUUCAACUUUCAAGCAGGAAGUUAUGUGAAGCAAGCCCAAUGCAUAGAGGAAAUGCAAACUGAGCCAGUGAAGCUAGAGGUAACAGUGGUUAGAAUCACCAAAUGACUCUAGGAAACACCACUUGCAGUUAAAAAGGUCACUCAGAUGUAUACUGAGAGACAUGGAAUUCAGUGCAAGCUAUGAGUCUUCAGGCCAUGAAGAGUUUGACAAUAUCUCUUUAGUUUUUCGUGUACAGAUGAAGUACCACUUAGCCUAAAAAAAAGUAUAUAUAUAUCUUAAUAUUGGCAUAUGCCAUCAUCUUUUAAUUAAUAAAUUCCUUAAUCAUAAUUAUCAUACAAUGGAAAACUGUUACUUUACCAUGGUGUUGUCUGUCAUCUUUAUUAUUGACAUUUGUGACUUGAUGGCCCCUUUAGUUCAUAAAAUGUUAUCAUACUAAAGAGUUACUAUGGAGAAUGCACAUUACUAUUCACACUAUACAGUGCAGCAGUGAGUUUUGCUCAGAAUUAGCUUUUUGCAAACUACACGAUGUCCGAUGUGCCUGUUGGACAACUUAAGCAAUGAAAGUGUCUUGGAAAUCUGUGAUGGAAAAAUGAAAGCCUGCAGGGCAGGAACAUUAUUAUUAAAAACAAUGCAAAAGGGAAUGCUGUGUUUUGCAGGGAGGGGGUAAUAUAAAGUAUUUUAUACUGUCUCUUUCUGUGAUGACUGUAUUUUAAAAAAAAUAUAAUAGGAGAAAGUUAUCUGAUACUUUUGAUAAAGGCUGUAUAUUUUUCACAUUUUAAAUAAUUGUUGAUCAUGAGAUGUGUGCAGAGCACACAAACCCAGAGUGCCUAUUUUGUGUUAACAAAUGUUUGUGUCCUUUUGAAGGCAUAAAGGGUCAAACAUUGUUCAUUGCUUAAUUUUCCUUUACAAGAAUUAUGUGAUGGUCUGGAGUUGUUUUUCUGCAAAUGUAGUUAUUUCAUAAGUGGUGCAUUGUUUGUUUUUUUCAAGAAGCAGAUAAUCACUGGGUGUGACCUGUGAAUAACUAGAGUAGUCUUUUAAACUGAUUUUUUUUUCCUCAGAUCUUUAAAGUUGUGUAAUAGUGAAUAAUGCUCACUAUGAAUAAGAAAUGUGGAACCUAUGUGAUUUAUUUUUUAUCCAGCAGCAGGCUUUGAUGUGGAGACAGGAGGAAGCUUGAUGAGGAUCUAAGUGUUUCAUCUAACAUGUUGAUAUGCACUUCACUCAGAGCAUUUCUAUUUUUGUGGGAAAGGUUUUGGUUACAGAUGUAAAAAUACUGCAUUUAAAUGAAACUUUGAAACUUCAAAAUUUGAACAUGAUUUUGGUUUCAUAAAUAAUACAUUUGAAAUAUCACAGUAUCACAGCGUGAAUAAAUGCACUGUACAUUGUCCAUGAGCCCAGUCCAUUAAAAGUCCAAUAAUUGUUUCAGUCUAGGUAAUUUAAAGAUGAUUGACAAGUUUAGGGCUUAAGAAGAUUGCAGAGAAGUCAGAAAAUUUAUGUCCAUAUUAGUAUGUAACUUUUUCUUGUUAAUAUUUAUAAGAUACUAAUAUACUUCAAAUAGUAACAUAUUUUUUGUGCCAUAUUUACUUAGUCCCGUUUAUUUCUUAUACUUUCUUUUGUCUUGGUCUGUGAUUUUCUGAUGAGGAUCUCUUUCUCUGAGAAUGCUAUUAACAUACUGGAUUCAGAGCACAAUCCUAGUCAUCCCCUAACCUUUAAUGUAGUAGGGUUCAGGAAUCAAACAGUCUGGGUGCGGCGAGUUAAUUCAUAAUCAUAUUUACUACAGUCGUUUGGUUGUCAAAAUUAGUUUUAAGUGAGAAAAGAAAAGGAGACGGAAUAAACAAACAAAAGAAAUCACAACAAACUUAAUGUAGGAAAUAAUUGCAGCCAUAAUAGAAUUAUCAGAUUUUUUUCAUCACCUUUUGAUUAUCAAAAAUCAUACCUAGCAAAUAAUUUAAUGCACGUUUUGCUAAAAUUUUUCAUUUAGAUAUUAGCAAUCACUUGAUAGGCAUCCUGAAACUGUUUCCAUAAUUUGCUCACUACAUGUAAUAGUCAUAAUUUUAUUCACUGUUCAGAUGUACUUGCUCUUUUAAGUUUAAUUAACUAGUCACUUUAGUUAUGUUUGCUUUUAGACUUUUGUGGUCUAGAAUUAGGGCAUUCUUCUGUUCAGGGGUUCUUACGGGUGUUACCCCUUUUUUCCAUUCUAGUGUUUGAUGUCAAAAAAAGAAAUUACUCCUCAAUACACAACUUUGAAAUUGAUUAUAGUAUUACAAAUAUUGUAAUGAAACAUUGAUUUGAUAUAGCUAGAUUGUACUGCUUUUAUCAUAUGGUCUUUACAAGGUUAGCAUCCAGAUUUUUUAUUUAUUUGAAAGCUGUAUUUUGUUAUGAAAUAAUAGCAAUAUGCUGUUAAAUGGGGAUACCAUUUUCAUUUUGCCAUCUUGUAAAUUACAUUUUAAUAAAAAGCUUGAGUUCAGUAUAAUUUUAUGAAUCACUGUAUUGGGUUUUAUGUAACCAUACAUAAGUGAGUGUAUAGAUGUUUGCGUGUGUGUGAGAGAGGUAUGGAAAAUGACUCCAGCAAAUAAAUGAACCAGACUUAUAUGUAAGCACAUUAUAAUAAGUCACAUCUGUUUUCACUGCAUGUCAGUCGAUUGUUUUGCAUUCAUGAAGGCACCUUUAACUCCUUAAGAAAUAUCUCUGGAUGCAGUAUUCUUGUACUGUUACUGUGAGAUAAUUGAAGAGAAAUAAGACCCAGCCCUUCAUGUUUUCUUCAUGGUUUGUUUAUUAUUAGUCAGAUCUCUUAUUCCAUUCUUGUAACUAUCACCCUCAGCAUGUUUAAUCUGGAGAAGGCAUUUUGCACCAUUGUGUAACAGGUAUCAUUACAUGAAAUAAAUAAUUGUUGACUAUUUUUGUAA